AACAAACUAAAAAAGACAAAUCUGAAAAGAAGCACACGGAUGGAAAAACAUUUCCAAGAAGAGACUGGAGAUGUUCUGCAGAUAAAAGCAGUUAUUUGGAUUUAUUUCUUUAAAACAGUGUUAAAUCCACAAGAGUCAUGAGAAACUAUUGGGAGCAUUGAAACCCUGUGGAUUCAGGUUUCUGUCUCAGGAUGACUGUCACUUAUUCCAGUAAAGUAGCCAAUGCCACCUUCCUGAGUUUCCAUCGACUGCUGCUGCGCUGGAAGGGAAGCAUCUACAAGCUGCUGUACCGGGAGUUCAUCCUGUUUGCUCUGCUCUACACCAUCCUCAGCCUCGUAUACAGGCUCGUCCUCUCAGAUCAACAGAAGAGAUUAUUUGAGAAACUUUCCAUUUACUGCGACAGAUAUGCUGAGCAGAUCCCCGUCACCUUCGUCCUGGGUUUUUAUGUAACAUUGGUGGUGAAUCGCUGGUGGAAUCAGUUCAGUAACCUACCCUGGACAGACAGACUCAUGUUCCUCAUCUCAAGCUGUGUUCAGGGUAAAGAUGAAUACGGACGCCUUCUGCGACGGACAUUGGUACGUUAUGUCAACCUGACAUCGCUGCUUAUCCUGCGCUCCGUCAGCACCGCUGUCUGCAAGAGGUUCCCCACAAUCGAUCACGUGGUUGAGGCGGGUUUCAUGACUCCCGAGGAGAGGAAGUUGUUUGAGAACGUACGCUCUCCUCAUCUCAAGUACUGGAUACCUGUCGUCUGGUUCUCCAACCUGGCGUCUAAAGCCCGGCAAGAGGGACGCAUCCAAGACAACAUCGUCCUGCAGAAUAUUCUGAAUGAGAUGAAUCUCUUCAGGACGUGGUGUGCGACUCUUUUCGGCUACGACUGGGUCGGCGUCCCGUUGGUUUAUACGCAGGUCGUCACUCUUGCUGUCUACACCUUCUUCUUCGCUUGUCUGAUCGGUCGUCAGUUUCUCGACCCCGCCCAGGGUCACACCGGCCAUGACCUCGACCUUUACGUCCCCAUCUUCACCCUGCUGCAGUUUUUCUUUUACUGCGGCUGGCUUAAGGUAGCGGAGCAGCUGAUUAACCCAUUUGGAGAAGACGACGAUGACUUUGAAGCUAACUGGAUCAUUGACAGGAACCUUCAGGUGUCCCUGCUGGCAGUGGACGAGAUGCACAUGAACCUUCCUCAGAUGACCAAAGACGUGUAUUGGAACGACAGCGAUGCUCGGCCGCCGUACACCCUGGCCGCCGCAGAUUACUGCAUCCCCUCUUUCCUCGGUUCCACCACCGACAUGGGAUUGUCUGACAUCCUGCAGCUUGAUGAGUUCGAGGUUUCAGACUGUCAGUCGCAGCAACAGGAGCCCUUUUUGACUCGGCGACAAGAGUCGGUUCUGGGUCGGGUCCGACGCCUCCUUAGUGUUCAGGAACCUCCUGAUCUCAGACAUCCUCGACCCGUCUUCAAACGGCACAGCAGCGAUGGAACCAGCAGCUUCUUCGUGGACUUCAGGUCUAAUCCAGGUUCAGCGGACAUGGCGCCACCCUCCUCCUCAGCUGUUCCUCCGUCGUCUCUGGAUACCCUGUCCACCUUAAGGGAGGUCAACAGCAAUCCCCCAUCGCCUGAGAGUUCGUCCUCUGUUGUUUUUCCUCGACUGGUUGUCAGCCCACCAUUGUUCUCUAACGCCGCUCACAACGGGGAUUCAUUUGGGAAACAUCAAAAUGGUUUGGAUCACUCCCCCACUGAAGAGCCACCAAGCAUGGAAACAACAAGUUUCUCUAGAACCGGCUCCAUAUGCUGUUCUCCAACUCAACUGGGACCCAGGGAGUUCCGCUGGACGACCGUCAACGCCAGGAGUCGCCCCCCAAUCAGGCCAAGGGGACGUCAGUUCUCACUGCAGUUCUCCAGGCAGGCUUCAAAGGCGUCAGUCCGUAGCCUACCGAGUCCAAAGGGACUGGGACGCCGGAAGAGAGGCCUGGGUCGCCAUCAUUGCCGAAGAUCACCCAGUCCAACCAUCAACACGCUUCAGCUGCCAGAGCCGGAUUACGACACUGAGUUUCAGGGAAUGGCAGGCAGUGAAGACAAGGAGAUGGAAGAAACGGACCAGAACCAGAAAAUCAAUGAUACAAACUCUCAGCCAGAAAGUUUGGAGAAGAAAUGAGAGGUGGUUAAUGACCAGAUAAACUGGCAACAUAGCUAGACCCGAUGGGAGCUGUUCUUCAGAGUAAGGGGGAUGGAUCUUUAACAUGUUCUGGUUUAAAUUGUGGGUCUGCCAGCCUCUCGACACAUAUUUAAAAGUCAGGAGUUUGGGUUCAAAGGAGGACCUGGUGGUUCAGACCAAAUUAAUCUCUUAUAACUCCUCAUGAUAGGAUCUCUAUGGUUCAUGUUGAAGCUGCACUAAGGUUUAGUAAAAGAAUAGAAAAAAGGCAGAGGGUGCAAAAAGAAAUGUAAUAAAAAGGAAACAACAUGCUUGGUUAACAGGUUUUAAUAAUUCUAAAUAAAAUUAGAAGAAGUGGCAGAAGCUAAAUCUGUGGAUGCUUUUCUGUUCAUGUU